AUGGCGUACCAACAUCUGCCCAAGAGUCAGCCUAACGUUGAUGUUGAGCCAGUAAAUGAGGGCUGCAACUCACCCUCGCCAACUCAAGAGCGGUAUGGGCAAGACGAUCGCAACUUUGAAUACGAUCAUGCCAGCCUAGUAUCUACCGUGGGAACACGGAAUACUAAACAUGUAGCGCACUGGAGUACCUCUACAGAUGCCACCGCCGUCACCUCGGAAACAUCCAGCCAGAGGUCUGGGGGCAAGCCUAGGUCUUCUCAUGCUCGUACCUGGAAAUUUGAGAUGAUGGCUAUUCUCGUCGCUCUUGGAGCUGUUGGUGCCAUCAUCGGAGUCGUUUCCAAGUACAACGGGCGUGCUUUACCGGACUGGCCUCACGACAUUACUUUGAACGCGCUCAUCGCUUUGAUGGCUACAUGUGCCAACGCUACAAUGUCCGUUUGCCUUUCGAGUGGAAUCUCACAGGCAAAAUGGAUUCGCUUCAAGCAAAAGCCAACUCCGCUGUCCGACAUUGAGGUUUUCGACGAAGCCAGUCGUGGUUCCUGGGGAUCUCUUAAGUUACUCGUAACGGGUAGAGGAGGAUUGCUUGGGUCUUUCGGAGCAAUUGUUGCUAUCGUUGGUCUGGCCCUCGGACCGUUCGCACAGCAAAUAGCGACGUACAAGAUGCGAACCGUCGAAAGCGACCUCGGCGCCAUCAUCCCUAGAGCCGUCAAUUACACAGGUGCAUUGCCGGGUAACAGCAGUACUGGUUUUGUACCAAUACUUCCUCUGAAAGCCGCAGUCUAUAACGGCCUGUUUGCAGAAAACAACCAGCCUGCAGCAUCUCUAAAGUUUCAAUGCUCAAGUGGUAACUGCGCAUGGGAGCCUUUUGAGUCACUUGCUGUUUGCCACGAAUGUAGCGAUAUCACCCCCCUCAUGACGCGAUACUGUCCACCAGAGAUGACCGACUCGACCAACGUAUCCUCAUGUGGCUGGCAAGUACCUCAAGGAGCGCUGCUCAACACCAGCUCCGACGUGUUCAGCAUGACUUCGUUCAUCCCAUCCGCGUACGGCGACAUGCCUCACUCCACCUUGAUCAAGCUCAUCUUCAUGGGGACAGAGCACCAGGACACCCCCCGAGUCCUCAACCCAUGGGCCACACAGUGCACGCUGCAAGCCUGCGUCAACACGAUAUCAGCAUCAGUAAUAAACGGUACGCAUCAAGAAAACAUCACGCACUCCGUAAUGAACAACACAGUCCUCGACAUGAGCUCUCCAGACCCAGAGGCCGACUACGGUGUUUACAUCCAAGGGGACCCCGAAGAGCCUGCGUACCUCGUUGGCAUGGGUGCCCUGUUGAGUAUCCGCGGCUGGUUCGGCGCAAUCUUCACAAACGGCUCUGCGACCCGGACCACCAGCGACUUCACCCGCAGCAUCACCGAUCCUGAUCGUGCUGUUGUCGUUAAUCUCACAGUCGGUAUCGCGUCGGGAGAGACGUUUUUCGACACGGAUAUCUUGACUGCGUUUUACUGGAACUACUAUGAGUACGCUAAUGGACUCGACAUGCUCAUGAGCGAUCUGGCCAUAUCCAUGACCACGGCAUUCCGCAGCUUCAUGGGUGCAGUGCCGACGGCCGGGAAGUCAAUGACUGUCGAGUCAUAUGUGCAUGUUCGAUGGGGCUUCGCGGUGCUGCCCAUUACUGCUGUUCUGGCUACGCUUGUCUUCUUGAUAACUUCCAUGACCCUCACACAUACGUCUGAUACGCAGGCUUGGAAGACGAGUGCGCUGGUGUCGCUGUUCCAUGGAUUAGACCGCCAGACAAAAGAGAGGUUUAGUGGUAAGGAAAGUUUGAACGCGAAGAAGAAACAGGCAAAGGCUGUGAAGGUGCAGUUGCAGGCAGACGAUCGUAACGAGAUCUUGUUGCGGGCUGAGAAGGCGCAGUGCUAG